UCCUGAUGGAGCUGGGAUGGACUGUCACGGGAUUGGUGGAUGGCUGCUCCCGGUGUGGCCUCAUGCCAAGCCCUUAUGUCUUUAUAUACUGUAAACAGAUGACCAGACAGUCCUGAGCGUGCAUCCAUUCUGCCUCUCUUCAUCUCCGCCGCUCUGGCCCUGUCAAUCUUUCACUCCAGCAUCCACAGAGGGUCCUUCUUCCUCCUCAGCUCGACUUUCUGAAACUUCUGGGAUCAAUUCUUCUCGAAAACAAUGGCCGCCCCGAGCCUGCUCCUCACUUUCGCUGCGUGCCUCCUAGCUGGGAGCCUCCUAACGGAGGCGACUUACUACCGGCACCACCGCUACAUCCCACACUUCUACCGCUACCGGGAGCACUCCGCCAACACGGAAAACCUCCUCCCUGAAGUCUCCAACCCGGCGCCUGAAGUCACGCAACCUCGCGUGCCAACCUUCCCGGAGAUCCCCGAGGUGUUCCACCCGGCGACACCUGAAGUUGUCCACCCCAUCCCUGAGGCUUUCAACCCGGUUCCAGAGGUGGUGCACCCUGCACCUGAGCUCUACAACCCGCCUGAAGCUCACGAGCCGGCGGUGCCUGAAGCCUCCUCCCCCGUCAACAUGAGCCGGGUUUUCUACGGGAUCAUGUUCGACGCUGGGAGCACCGGCAGCAGGAUCCACAUCUACAAGUUCAUCCAGAAAGAUCCGGUGGAACUGCCGGUUCUGGAUAAUGAAAUGUAUCAUGCUGUGAAGCCUGGACUGUCUGCGUACAGGGACAACCCUGAGGAGGGGGGUAACACCAUCCGACAGCUGCUGAAGAUCGCCAAGAAGACUGUGCCAGAAGAAGAGUGGAAGCGGACCCCGGUGGUCCUCAAGGCCACAGCAGGUCUGCGUCUUCUGCCCGAAGACAAGGCCAACGCUCUUCUGAAGGAGGUGAAAGACGUCUUUGAUGAGUCUCCUUUCUUUGUUCCAAACAACAGUGUUUCCAUAAUGAAUGGAGCAAGGGAAGGAGUCCUCGCCUGGGUCACAGUGAACUUCCUUACAGGUCACUUGUACUCCAAUACGAAGAGGACAGUGGGCAUCCUAGAUUUGGGUGGAGGAUCUACACAGAUCACAUUCCUUCCAAAGUCAAAGAAAACAAUCAUUUCUGCUCCUCCGAGUUACAUCGCCAACUUCAACCUCUUCGACCACACAUAUCAGCUCUACACACACAGCUACCUUGGGAACGGGCUGUUUGCAGCUCGCCUGGCGACUCUCGGAGCACUGGGAGCUGAUGGCUUGGAUUGGAAAGUCUUCACAAGUUCCUGCCUCCCGAAGAAGUUCAGAGAAGAAGUGACUUUUGGAGGAGAAACCUACAAAGUUAGCGGGAUUCCAGACGGCUAUGCGGGCUAUAAGCUGUGUUACUAUGAGGUCAUGAAGGUAAUCAAAGGAAAAGUGCACCAGCCAUUUGAAGUCAAAGGAAGCAGUGUCUUCUAUGCCUUCUCCUACUACUAUGACCGGGCUGUGGAUUCUGGCCUCAUUGAUAACAGCCGAGGUGGUGCAAUUGAAGUCAGGGAUUUUAAGAAGAGAGCCAAAGAAGUGUGCAACAAAAUGACCAAAUACCGUGCUAUCAGCCCCUUCCUCUGCAUGGAUAUGACAUAUAUCACCUGUCUGCUAAAGGAGGGCUUUGGCUUUAAGGACAGCACUGUGCUGCAGCUGGCCAAAAAAGUAAACAAUGUGGAGACAAGCUGGGCCCUGGGAGCAACCUUUGACUACUUCAGAAACCUCAACAUCCACUAAAGACGGCUUGCUGUCUCUGCAGCCGACACUGAGAGGGACAGUCUGUCACUGUGGGGUGCCCCGUCCUUUGUCCACCCUCGAAACAGCCCGUCCCCCUCACAGACACACCUGACCCCCCUCAACCUUCUCUUAUCCUCAACCUUAGCAUCCAAGAACUGUUGAAAAAGAAAUCACUAUAUUUUUAUAAGGCCAGCUAUUUCUACUGUAUGUUGAGCUCAUAACUGUUGGGCUGAGUUUAUGUUUUUGUUUUAAGGUUUACAUUUUUUAUUCCUUCGGGGUGUCUGAUCAGGUGUGAGAUCUCUCACGUUAAUGCAUAGAGGAAUACAACCAGUCAUGGUACUUUGGUGCUUACUGUGGUCCUGGUGUGCACUGUACAGUACAGUGAGUUUAUGUACAGACAUGGUUGCUUGAAGUGCAACUAUAGUUUUCUCUUAGAAACAAAUCUCCUUUUAUACUCACAGUAAAUUAUUUUAACUCCUCUCACCUUUUUGGGAAUAGGGGAGAUGACACUCAUAUCUUCUCUUCGAACUUCGCACAUCACACUUUAAUCGCAGAUAUUGUAGCUACGACGUGAUCAGUUGCUUUGAUGUCGACUAAAGAGUUGUAUAUAUUUAUAAAGAAGUGGAAAGUGAGAACUGUGGACAGAGAAGCCUCUCACAGACUGUGUUGUACAUGUAUGAGGGUAAUGCCUGUAUUUUACACUUCAUUAUUUCUUGUUGUGUCUACAGUGCAAAAGACCUUAUCAAGCACGGCUUAAUUGCAGGGGCCUCAGGUCUGAGCUGUAUUUUAGACGAGCAGAAGGGAAACCUCUCAUCAAGGCUAGAUGGUGCAUCCAACAGCAUAACUCACAUUAAACGCUGCAAAAAUGAAAAACAGAAAUUAUGUAAAAAUCCACAACUCUUUGGUUCUCUGCUGGUUGCUCAAAAACAUUAGUAAUAUUGAAUUGUGUGCCAUCUUUCUUGUGAAAUGUACAAAUAUUUAUAUAACUGAAAGUUUUUCUAAUGUAGAAUAUUUGAAUUAUCUUCAUUAUAUCAGCUUUUUCUAAUGUAAGCAUUGCCUCUGCUGUGUUCUAAGUAGCCAACAUGUUCAAUAACUACUGCUGUAUAUACUUAAUGUAAACUUUUAUUAGCUAAAUGUUUUGGACAAGAACUGCUUUUUACAUUGCAAGAGCUUUACGCUGCACACACGCCCAGAAAUGCCUCUAUGAACAUCAAGAUGAAGAAUCUGAUGACUGACAAUAUGUAAAUUGUUGUUUUUAUGAAAUCCAGUGAAAUAUGU